AUGGCAGCGGAGGAAAUCAUUACUGACAAAACCAUCGGCCAUGUGUACCAGAACUACGCCACUUCAAGACCGUGGACCGAUUUACGGGCCCAUGAGAUUCGACGAGAGCUUAAACAGGUAAGUUGGGUGACAUCUCAAUCUUAUUUUAGUCAGUUCUUCUAUCCAACAUGUUCAACAUUGCGUGACCAAACCUUUACGUAAUCUCUGCCAUUUGAAGCCGGCUCAUGAUGAGACCGUAGUGUUCUUUUUUUUUCUUCUAGUUUUUACGGAAUAAGGUAGAUUGUAAGGCAAUGAACUGAUUUGCAUUGCUGUUUACUGCUAGUUUGUUGCAGUUUAAUACACACGCUAACAAACAGAUCUUGUCACGGUUUUCGACGCCAUCUUAACGAGUAGGCAAACGCGUGAGAAAUUACAGUGUUUGUGAUGUGAUUAUGUAAUUUGAAUAUUUAAUAGCUAUAAUGCGCUCACAUUAAAAAGUAAGAUGAAUUACAAUUUUGCCAUACAAAAUGAAUGUCUAAUUAGUUUAGUCUCCCUCGCAGCCGUUUUUUUGGAUGUCACGCAGCUCUCCAAAAAAACGGCUGCGAGGGAGACUAGCCCAGACUUGGCCUUCUUUAUUUGUGAGAAUAAAUUUCGGAUAUGGAGCAGAAUUCAAGGAGAAUAAGGGUGUCCGAGCAGUAUUUUUAGCAGAAUAACCAAUUUUUACGAGCAAGCUGCCGUCAGGCAGAAUAAGCCAUUUUACAAGCAGAAUUUAUCGAAGCCUAUCAUAAAUCGGUAGAAUUAUGGCUUAAAAUUCUAACAUAAAUUUGAACACCUGUAUGAAUGGGAACAACUAACAACUGCUAAGCAAUCAGUCCACUCAUUUCUCCUUUUUACUGAAACCUUUCUAUCUAAGGUCACAACUCCAUGACGACAAACACCAGGCGCGGAUCUAGGAUAAAUACUGACCGAUUUCCUAAACGAAGGGCCGAGGGAGCAAGCUUCUAGGGGAGCCCGGGGGCAUGCACCCCCGGUAAUGUUUUGGGAUUUUAAGUCCCUGAAGUUCCCUUUCCCGGGUUUCUGUUUAAUGCCUGGAAAUUGGAAAAAGAAAACAUUUGUCCAGACCAUCUUUGAAAGUUCUAUUAUAAUUAUUAUUAUUAAAAAUAUGUUUAUUAUGAAAAAUCUGACCGAUUUCCGUAAAAUGGUGGAAACCGGUGUGGAUCCGCCCCUGAACACUGGUCACUUAAUUCUAUACGGAUAGCUUUUUGCGCCAGUGCGCCAAAUCAUAGGGUUUCAACCCAUUCACACAUUGGGACCAGGCGUACUCACUAGGGGCAAAAGGCAAACAACUAAAAUCACCAAGCAAAGUGGGCCAAGGGGUAGACUGGGGCUCGGCUUGCUUCGGCUCACUGAUUUUUUUUUUCCUUCUUUUCCUGCAAUGUGGAGCCAGUGGUCCCAGGCAAUUCACGCAUGAGAACAGUAAUUUCAGCUUGGUUUCUAUAUAAUGAAGCGAAGCCAGUUGAGUCAUGCCAAUCUUGUAAGUGGACCAUUCAUAAUUUAUGGGUUUGUGAGGGGGGGCUAAUUGGGGAUUUUAAUUUUUUUCCUUAAAUAUUUUUUCAAGCUCCCCCUGAUGAUGUUAGAUAUUUUUCUGCCACCCCCGCCCCCUCAUGAGGGCUUGCGGACAAAGGUUAAAUACCAUGGCCCUCCCCUCCUCCUUCCUCUCUACCACCACUACCAUCACCAACAAUCUACCAUGUUUGAAAUGCUGAUGCAAACAACAUUUAGGCCUCAGCAGUGAAGUCUUUUUUUGAAACUUUAACUGAAUAAAACAAGACAUAUCAUGGCUACUUUUAAGGUAAUAAAAUAGUAACUAAAGAAAAACAUUAGGAUACCUCUACUUCAUAGGUCAGUUACAUGCAGUUAAAUCAUGAAAUGGAAUUAAGUAAAUGGAGCAUUUACUUAAUUUCAGUUCAUGAUUUAACUGCAUGUAAUUGACCAAAGUAAAUGGAGCAUUUACUUAAUUUCAGUUCAUGAUUUAACUGCAUGUAAUUGACCUUUGAAGUAAAAGUAUCCUAUUGUUUUACUGUUUUAGUAUUAAAAUACUAUCGAUAUCUUCUUUAAGUGGACCUAAAGUUUAUUCGUUAAAAUAUUUCUCUGAACCGGACCGAUUAUUAAAGUAAGUUGUAGGUGCCUCCCCCCACCCCUAUACAGAGUACCAAUUGAAUUUUGAUGGUACCUUUAAUGUUUUGGAUGAGAAUUAAUGGUCCCCCUCCAAAUCCCCAUAGCCCCCCCCCCCCCCCAGCCCAUACAUUAUGAACGGUCGGUUUCGAUGAAGAAUGCAGCUGCCAAACGCUCCCAGGGUUCCCUCCUACCUAUCGCUCUUGCUCCAUAGGGAUGGGUACGGGAGAAUUAACCCAGGGAACGUACGAAGUUGCCAAACAGCCCCCAAAAAUUGGUGACAAAUUACACCCCUCCCUUCCCAUAAGGCCUCUUACUCCCGAGGAUGUAUUAUUUUAGGGCAAAGUUAUUAGAGGCCACUUACAGAUGAUGGACAAUGAUCGGCGAAUCCUAACAAUCGAGCUUUAUAAUCAGUCUUAUUUUUUUAACCACUUUUUACAGGGUGUAAGUAAACCUUUUAAUGAAGUGAUAAGACAUUUUGGAGAUCCACAUGCUUUUGGACAGUCCCCAGUUUCCUUUAUGAGGCAGGUAAGAUCAUUUUUCUGUCUGGUCUUUUUUUGUGACUGUGGAUACAUUUGUUUGUUUGUUUGCUCACUAACAUUUUAAGUUCCUCAUUCUUUUAUGGUGGUUAACGUUAAAUUCGUUUUAUAAAACCGAGUCAGUUGAUAAAACCAAAUGUUUUUUUUUUUUUUCGCCCCGGUUUUGCAGUAGAGUUUCAAAAUAUAACUGACCAUGAGAUUUUGUGUAAGUCAUACUGCAUAUCCCUUAACAAAAUUUCUACCCUGUAACAGCUCUGUAGCAUCACUGGAACAGGGUUGAAAAACUAACCUGUAACAACCCUGUUACAGCUCGUUAUUUGGCACAGUUAGCAAGGCUGUUUCUACACUGUAGCAGCCUUGGAACAGCCCUGUCACGUUUAACUCAAAAUUUCUUGGUAGACACCCUGUAACAGCCAUGUUAGGACCCUGUUUCCACCCUGUGAUGGACAUCCCUGUCACAGCUCGUGAAUUGGCACAGUUAGCAAGGCUGUUUUUACACUGUGGCAUUCCUUUAACAGCCUUGGUACAGGUUUCAUGCAUCACAACCCUGUCACAACUUGUUAAUUGGCAGUUAACAAGGCUGUUUUUUUUUACCAGGUGCCAAUGUUGUGAUACUCCCUCUCACACAAUAUACACUUUAGACAGCAACCGUUUAACUUCUAUACAUUAGAAUUAGAGUACUAUCAGAACAUAAUUUUUUAUAACUUCACAUCUAUUAAAGAUGAAACUUAAUCUUUUUUAGGCAUAUUUGAACUCAUGAAAAUUCCUGAAGCAAAGGAACGAUUUGCGCCACAAAAAGCUUCAACGUUGAACCACCAACGGCUGGUUUAGUCCGUUUAGUCACUUAAGUAACAAAAGCAAUGCAUUUCAACAAACAUACAUUGAAAGGACACUUUCGAUAAAGGAAAACAGUAAAUACAGUCAAUUAAGAACUUAACGUUACUUUAUUUUUCACGUGCCGACGUUACAGUGUGUAAAAAUAUAGACAGAACAAAAUUUAAACUGCAUGCAACAGUCUGACCUGGCUUGUAAACACUUGCUUGCUUUGCUCGAUUUAAUGUACAACUAGCACGUCAAAAUGCCGACUUUACAAUAACUGUCCCAAAAAACUAAAAAAGGACGAUUUUUGUCCGCAAUUAUAAGAGAUGAAACACGGAAUUGUUCCAUUGUAACAACGGUUCCGAGGUUGAGUACAGUUUAUAGUUGUUUUGUUCGUUGUAACAAGCUUAAUUUGAAAUCGCUCACCUCGAUCGUCUUUCCUUCAUGAUCCACAAUGUGUUACAUUUCCUCAUGAAAAGAGCCUAUCCAUUUGGUGAAUUGUGUUUCAGUUGUUGCUGAAUUGUUUAAUGGUGUACGAAUUACUAGGCAGGGCAAACAAUACUUGCAUCUUGCAAGUGCCGCGGAAUGUUUUCUGUCCACCAGAUCGAUCUGUUUCCCAUUCGUUGAGAGCUGGUCAAAGCACAGUUAUUUUUUUGCUAAUACUUUUUCACUCUCUGCUUCAAAAGCAGAAAAAAACGCUCUACAGCCUUUCUAAAUCUAAACUGGAUGGAGAAAGCGUUUGAAUAUUUUCGCCUUUCAUUCAAAUGAUCGUGAGUCGUUUCAGGAAUGGAGAUGUGUAAUGCGAUCUUCCGGUAAAAGUGCUGACCAAUAAGAUUAAAGUCUUGGAUUUCUCCAGGGAAUUACCAAUGGCGUGUCUGUCACGGAAUGAAAAUAUUGAAGUCCCGUCGAUCUCUAAGGAAAGAAUUUAAUUCCAUGCUUGCAGAGGUCUCUCACGCAAGAAAACAAAUUGAAGUGAUCUGAAAGUCUUCCAUUUUUAGUACAUUACUGUAAAAAAUUAAUUAAGUUACAGCGGUUUUUUUUUUUUCAUUUAAAAGAACAGGAAGAACAGAAGCUGAUGAAAUAGGUCUUCGUUUUUAACAUGAGAUAAAAGUCUUAUAAAGAAACCAACCUAAAAAUACAAAGGUAGCCACAAAAUCGGUAAUUAAUUAAAGUAAGUGUCAAUGAAAAAAAAAAAGAAAAAAUGAAGCAAAUCCAAACAAAAUCAAAAACAGCAUAUUAAAAGGCGUACAAUAAUCGUGUUUGAUGAUUUAGCGAUACCAUUUUCACCAAGUUCUUUUUCGUUUUAUUUGUUAUUAAUGAUCUAGCUGACUCUCGCUCCUUUUAACACUUUAGACUUUGAAAAAUAUUGCCAUCUUUCAUGAUUUAUGGAGUUUACCAUACUUGGCUACAUUGUUACUGCCCUUUGAUUAUUAUCCAUUGUGUGAACAGAAAUAGACAUCUCACAGUUCUGCAGGAACCCGAUUACUGUCAAAUGUACCUAACACAGCCAUUCUGCAUCCCUGUCCUAGUCCUUCUGCAUUACUAGGUAGCCCUGUCUUAACCCUGUUACGGUAACUGGAUAUUUUCCCAGCCAUGUAACAGGCUUGUUUCACUUAACUAUGUACACUUUUACAGCCCUGUCACAGCUCCACUUGUUUUAACUCAAGUAAGUUGCAGCUGUGUCACAGCCCUGUUACAGCCAGUUUACAGCCCUGAAAUAACGCAAACAGGGCUGGAAACAGGAUUUUACAGGGCUCUCACAGGGUUUUUGCAGGGUAGAAUUUUUUCUAAGGGUGAGCAUGUACUGCUUGUGUGCUGCAAGCUUUUCAUAAAGGACAAACAGGUAACGUAUCUGUCAAACCGAAGCUUCAGUGUCCUCCUGGGCAACCCGGCCUAGGGUAAUUGAAUUAUCCCCUGGGGAAAUUUUAAAGAAAGGAAUUUUUUUUUAAACGAUUACUAAUGUGGCUUUAAAAUAACGUUCUUGAAGCUAAGUCUAACGACAGUGCAAAUUAGCCUGUGUAAUCCUUUUGCUUUUUAGCCGACCCGCCGUCAAGCUGCAAUCUUUCUCUACAAAAUCAUCCAAAAUCGCCCAUGUCAGCCAUCCGCUAUUAUUUAUCUUUCCUCUUGCAAGCAUUGGAGCCCGGAGGAUUUGGGGGAAUCGCAAUCUGGCCGGGGAUUUUAGGUUCGAGUACCAGUCUGCUGGCCAGUAGCUAGAAUCGCUGGAUUUGUUCUUGGUCAUCCUGAGUUCAAAUCCUCGCAGACCACGCGGUAAAUAGCCAACUGGUUGCCAGUUGGGUGUUUAAUUCUGUUAUGUUCUGUUCGGAUCAUAUACUUCUGAUUUUUAAUUUGAGUGGACUGCCUGUAAAAUAGCUGGAUAAGCUGAGUGCACUUUCCACCAUAAACAAACCUUUUAAUUAAACCGAUACAAAAACAUCGCAAGAAAUCGAGACAAGGGUUCAAAAUUUCUCAAUUCUUACACACUGUAUACAUAGGAAUCAAAUUCCUACCACCCAAAGUCUAUGAUUAUGCAAAUGCUUUCCUGCGCUCGAAAGGUGAAGAAGUCAUAUGCAUGGGAUAUGAUCCAGGGAUGUUACUGGUUAAACUUCAAUUUGACCGAUACAUGGCGUGCAGCUGUUUAAAGGAUUUUAGUUUUAAUUUUGUAAGUCACUUCUUUUGUGACUGAUGGACGUUUCUCCUUUUUUGUCAAGUUUCUUGCAUGUCUCUUUGUCCAAGUCUCCUUGAAGAACCAAGCUACCCACAGGAUAUAAAGGAAAAAGCUCGAAGGAUUCUCGAGGCAACUGAACAGUUUUCAAUAGGUGCCAUAUGUACAUUUUUUCAGACUCAUAAGAUUGCUGCCUUAUUUUCAGUAUUUUCUCUAUUAAACGCUGUCUAACGAAGACACACCGAUCGGGAGUUCAGCUAGCCGGCGAAAAUAGCCGUUUCUCCUUGCUCUUCGCCGCAGGGGACGUUUCGCGCGGAGGAACAUCUGCGACUGAGGGACAGAAAUUCCAUACUGAUCACGUAAAUCAAUGUUUACACAAUAUACCCGGUAGUCAUGGGUUCCACAUCCAAAUUUGUUCAGUUUUACUUUUCUCCUGGUCGAUUUUACUAAAGUGUUGUGUUCAUCUGCGAACGAGCUCCAGCAAAACUCAAAUGCUUCUUCUAGGGAAGAAUAUAUUCCACCAAUUUUGACAGUUUUGUUAGAGAUUCAUCCUGUUUACACUUGAUUUUCGUGGCCUUUUGUCGUUUGUCUGUCAUUCGUAAACAGUAGCUAAAACAAUAAAACCACCCGUCGACCAAUCAGCGUUUCUGAUGACGCUUCUGACCGAAUUCCGGACAGAUUUUACGUCAUCAGUAUGGAAUUUUUCAACGCUUAGUCGCAGAUGUUAUUCCUCGCGAAACGUCCUCAGCGGCGAAGAGCGAGGAGAAACGGCUGUUUUCGCAGACUAGAGUUCAGCAGACCCAAUUUUUGAAAUCUUAAGCCACGUUAGUAGGCCUUGUUUUGGUUUGUCACGCAAUCCUCCCCAACGAAAGACGUUUCUUGAAGGGAAACGCAGGACGAAGCCCCAAGGAUGUUUUGAUGAGAGGCUACCAAGCCGGGGGCGUUCAACCGAGAAAAAAUAAGGUGGCGGUAUACAUCAGUAUACAUCAUGCUAAUUUAGUUUUUCUUGUCUGUGACCGUCCAGGCUAGCUACUAUAAAAUUCCGAAAAUAAGCCCCGGGUUUGUGCGGCUUAUUUUUGAGGGGCUUAUAUUCGGAGGGGCUUAUCUACAGAUGGAAAUUUGCGUCUCAAAAAUCGAUUGGGCUAACCUUAUAGCUGGACGUAAAUUUACCGUUUUUGCGUUGUUUUACCUUGUAUUUGAGGGCAAUUUUCCAUUUUCAAGCCCCCAGGGGGCUUAUAUUUGGAGGGGCGAUUUAACGGAGGGUUUUUUUACGUUACCGGUUUGGGGGGCUUGUGUUUGGAGGGGCUUACACAUGGAGGGGCUUAUUUUCGGAAUUUUACGGUAUUGCACAAUCGAUGACACUCGUAAUAUGAGUCAUAUGUUUUGAAGAAACAAUUACCGUAAAUUUAUUUCUGCAUUUUUUUUUAAAUGUAGGUUCGUAUACAGACACAAGUGGAUUAAGAAUUGUUCGUGAACACGUCGCCCGGUUUAUUACCAAAAGAGAUGGCUACACCGCUGAUCCAGAUAGUAUCAUAUUGACAAGUGGAGGAGCAAGCGGAAUAAAGGUCCGUAAUGCAGUAUGUAACCCUUUAGUCAUUAUUCAUUGCUCGUGAUUGCUUAUAUAAGAAGUAUCCGCAAGUACCGUAUCAUCGAGAAGUGUCAGGGAUAGCACAAAUUACAACGUUAUUUUUACCAGGUGAACCUGUGCCGGUAUGCAAACUAUAUGCGAAUCCUUGUUUACAUUUUUUGCCUCAUUAUCAUAGGUCUAUCAUUAUCUGAUGAAGCCAAUAAAAUGAAAUUUUUGAAUAUUGAAAGAGCAUAACAAUUUCUAGACCGCAAAGCGGUCGUUUUUCUUCUCAAAAUCAGUAAAGAAAUCGGUAAAGCGUGGCGUAAGAGUCUUACUUGCGCGAAGCCCGCGAGGUGUUUUUAACGUCUCUCGCCAGUCUCGCUCUCUGUUUUCAGCCUCGUUUCAGACCUUUUGUUUGACUGCUGGCGCGUACUUAAAUACGCAAAAAUACGAACUGUUUUGCAGUCUAAACAAUUUCAGUCAUCUCUGAAAAUUUAGGCCCGAUAUACCAAAUAGUUUCGGAAACAUUCUCUUUGAAAAACCCCAAAAUUUCAAAGAAUGUAUGAGCUCAUUAGCGUUUUGCCAUCCAGUUAGUUUGCAGUUUUUACUUACUACUAUUUUCCCUGUUGCUAAGACCCUGUUUACAUGGAGUGGGAGACCCCGGUCUAGUGGGGUAAGUUUCUUUUGUUUUGUGUCCCCCAGAGCGUGAAAACAAAAGAAACUUACCCCACUAGACCGGGGUCCCCCACUCCAUGUAAACAGGCCCUAAUUGCAAAGAGCUGACAAUAGCACAAACUGCACAAAUUAACCAAUGCUUUGGGCAUUGGGAAUUGCGCAUUUUGACGCUAUUGUUUGGUGGUCACUAAAGUAAAUCAUUGUAUUGUUCCAUAUGCCCAAUUGUCCGAUGCCCAAUUACCAAUGACCAAUUACCAAGCAACCUUUUUUUAUUUAGCUAUAUGCGGCUACAUCUUCUAUCGGUUAACUCGUAUGCUAAUGAGCAAAAAUGUAAAAAAUGACAUCACAAUGAAUCCGCCUAUAGCGGUCCUUUGUGGUUAUAGUCAUGCUGCCAAGUAUUGACCACAGGUGCCCCAAGCUCACGAGCGAGAAUCGUUGCGUAACAGGAAUAUUAUAGGGGUUUGUAUGGGGAUUUAAGUGAUCGUUAUUUAGGGGUCAAACAAUAGCAGAACUAAAACUCGCUGGAAUCGCCCUGAAACGGCCAAAAAUGCUAAGAAACACCAUAAAUUUAGACAAGGACACAAGGUAAGAAGUUUAGAUGUAUCUUUAUUACUAUUUUUGACCCCUAAAUAAAACGACCGCUUAAAUCUCCAUACAAACCUUUAUAAUAUUUCCGUUACAUAACAACGAUUCUCACUUGUGAGCUUGGGGUACAUGUGGUAUUGACCCGGGUGGAAUCAAUUCGAAAGUGUUUUUCUGAUAGUCUACUGUCCACCCGACUACCGAGUUGACUCGGGUGCGUAUCAGUAAUCCUCAUAUGAUAGGAUACGCUUUAACACUUCAUACUUUCAAAAGGGAGACAAUUAAGAGUAAGGGCCUUUUGACACAUAUGGAGGCGGGUGACCCCAAUAUCCACAUGCAAAUUUUCUAAACAGAACUCCAUACAUUUCCUUAAAAAAUAAGUUGAGAGCAUUUGAUAAACUGAGAUCAAAGUAUCAGAUAUUGCCUUAGGUGAUCAUAUUAUUGUUUCUCAUAACCUGUUCUGUCGAUGAUGGAUGGAUGUUGUUUAGAGAAAAUUCAUGUUGGUCACUCUUCGGACUCAACAGGUUAACUUGCAGUAGUGGCAUUCUCGCUUCGAAGACAUUCAUUAGAGAAAUCAACUACAAAAAUGACGAACCUAGAGUAAACUCGGGGGGAGGGUGUUCAAGGAGGGAAGAGAGGGGACCUCUCCCCAGUUCACUUUCGGUUCGUUUGCGCUCUCCAGUCCCGCUGAGCCUUGACUUGCUCGAGAAACUACUGUAAAAAAGGGACUGCCACACUUUUUGAUCGACUAAGAUGUCUACUACCACCGCUAUUUCAAACAAUUUCAAGUAGCGUAAAAACUGAGUGGUUGCUUUUUAAAUCUCCUCGGCGAUGUUUUCGCAGUUUGAACCGUUGGCUUCAGGCUAAGGGCGUCUGAUUGGUUUAUUUUGUUAGCAUCUGUGGUUGGCGAAGGAAAUUUCUUAAUCACUUUUGGUUGCUUAAUGACAUUUACCAGAAAUCCGCUCUUAUAAAGAAGGUCAUGAUUAAGUCAUGUAAUUUCUUGCCCUUUCAUCUAGAUUGCCUUGGACGCGUUAUCAACUGGCUAUUUUUGCAGCGACGAGGACAGGGCAGGACUUAUGACUCCAAUCCCCUGUUUCUUUCACUAUCCUACAUGGAUCAAACGCCUCAACCUGUACCAGAUUCCUUACUAUUUGGACGAAGAUAACGACUGGGCUUUAGAUAUCCGCGAACUGGAAAGAGCGUUAAAUGAGUCGAGACCGCACUGUAGACCGAGAGGCCUGGUACUUAUUAACCCGGGAAAUCCCACAGGUAUUAAGAAGCUAUUUUAAAAAUUAAGUGCACCACUAAAUCAGUAAUCGGCUUGGACACAUAAGCCUCCUUACAGAAGUCUCCUUUUCCUUGUGAUCGAAGAUGCUUGCUUUUUAAACAGCACUGCAAGCGAUCAAACAUAUCUGGUUCAAUUAAGUACCCUUUCAUACACCUGAAGCCUCAAAAAGGUACCCCUUUCUGGCGGAGCCUCCCUGUUGAAGCCAUUAUAUAGAGUACCUCCGGGAUUAAAAGUAAUUGUCGUACUGCUGUAUAUGCAUCCUUUCUUUAUAGGUCAGGUCUUAAGCUACGACAAUAUCAAGGAAGUGAUCAAGUUUUGCGCUCGGGAAAAACUGGUUUUAUUUGCUGAUGAGGUGUACCAAGAAACAGUGUUUACUAAUGAGGUCCAGUUUCACUCGUGCAAGAAGGUUCUGAGAGACCUGGGUCCCGAAUACAACAAGUUCCAAUUGAUGUCGAUAAAUUCUGCCUCGAAAGGGUUUUAUGGCGAGUAAGUCUUGAUCUGACAAAUAAUUGCUUUUAUAUGAUAUAACGAUCAACAGAGGGAAAGCAUAAGUCACAAAAACAACAACAAGUCUGUAUUCAUGAAGUGGCGGAGAUUUUAUCAGUACACAAAAAGGUUUUAUCAUUUCUAAAACCCAUGGCCAGUAGCGCCCGCGAAAUAACGUGCAAUGUAUUAAAAUGAGACAUUAAAAUUUUAUGGCAAGAAGUAUAUUUAUAAUUGGUUUUGUCUUAAUUUUCUGAAAUGCAGGAUCAGUGAAAGAAUAUGCUAUGUGGCCUGGUUUAAACAAAAAAAACAAACAAACAAAAACGAAAAACAUUCAAAACAAAUACAAAGUAUACUCUAACCAAAUUAAACAAUGACAAUGGAGUUUGAUGAUCGGAUCCAUUAAACCCUGCUAAUAGAAGGGCAUGGCUGACCGAAGCCUGGGUAAGAAUCUUUUGUUGUAAUUAUUAUUUGUUUUUAAUUUAGAUGCUGGUCUUUUUUAGGUGUGGUUUGAGGGGUGCUUACAUAGAGCUUGUAGGAUUUAGCAAAGAGGUUUUAUUCCAAGUUAAGAGGUAUUGUUCCCCGCCAUGCACUGUGCCGUCAUCUAUUGCGCAGGUAUGUUAACAAUUAAAGUCAUUAAAACAUGAUUUAUAAAACGGUAUUGAUUGCUUUGAGGAGCUAGGACACUUUGAUUGGACUCUUUCGAAACACCAGUCCUGCGGGAUUUGCACCUUUUUUAUGUAAAGAUUUUUUUAUUAUAAAGGAAAUGAAGGGAGAUGUAAUGAAUCAACCAUAAGAGGACACAGAAAAAAUCUGAGCCCCAGAUGGGAUUCGAAUCCACGACCCUCCGUGUUCUACAUCGGAUGCUCUAACCUCUGAGAUACUGAGGACUCGUUGGCGAGCAAGGGUCAUUUUUGUGGGUUGGACUUGCGAACUGCAUCUCGCAGUCAUACACUUCAUCACAAGCAACACAUUGCUCGCCAACGAGUCCUCAGUAGCUCAGAGGUUAGAGCAUCCGAUCUAGAACACGGAGGGUCGUGGGUUCGAAUCCCAUCUGGGGCUCAGAUUUUUUUCUGUGUCUUCUUAUGGUUGAUUCUUUACAUCUCCCUUUAUUUCCUUUAUAAUAUUAAUAUCAGUGGCAAAGUUUUUUUUGUUCCAAUAAAUUUACCCGCAAUCAGGGACAAAUUAUUAAUAAGUAGUUGACACACUUGUCUAAAACGGGCGCUUUUAUCAAAAAAAUUUUUCAUUUUUCCUACAACUCUGUUUAAAGGUGGUAAAUCCUUCCACCCCUGAAUCAAUGAGGUUUUAUAGUUGAAGAAAGAUUUGUGUGUGCAUGUUUAAAACACAACAAUAGGGAACUUAAGGAAAGACGUUUUUGAGCGACGUACGUCAACCGGAAGUCAGGCCUUUUCCUAUUUAACAUUCCUUAACGCUAUUAAAAUUGUACUGCUAAGUGUCCGUUCUCUUGUAGAGAAGAUUUGCCGAAAAGUUGGGUAAAGCUACUGCCCAAGGCUACUGCCUAAGGAUGCAAAAAGCUCAGUUCCGGUUAAUUUGUGAAUCACAAAAUUACAGCCUCAUGUCAUACAAAACAUGGCUCAAAAUCAUUAUAUUUAAAAUUAGAAACGAAAAAAGGAACUCUGAAAAACUGUUAGGCUAACAAGUUCUCAAAGACCUCAAAUACAGUACAACGUACCACAUUUAUUGGUUUCAGUCUUCCUUAAGUUUGUCCAUCCGUGGCUCCUUUGGUGUUUACUGUCAGUGUUACUCAUACUUUCUUUUCAUGUUUUGGGCAGUUAUUUUUAUGUUUUACUCAGUUUGGUAGCAGUACCCGCUGUUUGAAUUUUGUUAGAUUUCAUGACACAGCUCCUUUAAGUUCCCUAAUGACUUUUGAGGAGGGGUUGUACAAAGAGGGAGGGGAUAGAGAUUUACGGAAGUGUCACAAUCGGCUUUUGUUCCCGGCCUCAUUGUAGUUGCUGGCCACGUGAGUGAUAACGGUUUGGAUUGUCUUAAAAUUAUAAAUGUGGUUUUCCAGCCGACCGUUUUUAUUAUCUUUAGGCUGCUGUUAGUGCAAUUUGUAAUCCCCCUCAGCCUGGUGACGAGUCGUACGAGACAUUUAUAAAGGUAAGUACAGUCAAACCUCUCUUUACAGACACCCGCUAUAUACGGACACCUCAUUAUUACGGAAGCCCUUGCAUUUUCUCUAAAUUCAACCCGCUUAAUACCGACACCUCAUUAUUACGGACAGUUUGCUGUGUCCCUGGGGAAAGAAAGCUCUUACAUUUUCUCUAAAUUCAACCCGCUUAAUACGGACACCUCAUUAUUACGGACAGUUUGCUUUGUCCCUGGGGAAAGAAAGCCCUUACAUUUUCUCUAAAUUCAACCCGCUUAAUACGGACACCUCAUUAUUACGGACAGUUUGCUUUGUCCCUGGGGAAAGAAAGCCCUUACAUUUUCUCUAAAGUCAACCCCCUUAAUACGGACACCUCAUUAUUACGGACAGUUUGCUGUGUCCCUGGGGAAAGAAAGCCCUUACAUUUUCUCUAAAUUCAACUCGCUUAAUACGGACACCUCAUUAUUACGGACAGUUUGCUUUGUCCCUGGGGAAAGAAAGCCCUUACAUUUUCUCUAAAUUCAACCCGCUUAAUACGGACACCUCAUUAUUACGGACAGUUUGCUUUGUCCCUGGGGAAAGAAAGCCCUUACAUUUUCUCUAAAUUCAACCCGCUUAAUACGGACACCUCAUUAUUACGGACAGUUUACUGUGUCCCUGGGGAAAGAAAGCCCUUACAUUUUCUCUAAAUUCAACCCGCUUUAUACGGGCACCUCAUUAUUACGGACAGUUUGCUUUGUCCCUGGGGAAAGAAAGCCUUUAAUUUUCUCUCAGUUCAACCUGCUUAAUACGGACACCCAAUUAAUACGGACACUCUCUAUGGCCACCUCAGUGGCCGUAUUAACGGGGGUUUCACUGUAUAAUGUCGUGCGUGUCUAAUCUACAGGGACUGGACCUAGAUCCGGGACAGAGGAGUAUUACCCCGUGGAGGGUUCUUCCUAGUAAUAGAAAUGUGCCGCUGGAUUGACUAUAAUGGGGUACAUUUUUAAAUGAGGUACUAGACUCGGGUCGCACAUUUUCAGGAUUUGGGGGUUAAGAAAAUUUUUCGUAUCUAGGAAUUUAAAAAAAAAAUGUGUGAAUUCAUUUUAGAAUUACUGACCUACUCGUAGUUAAAAGGUUUUAUAAGUUAAAGAGAAAGUGGCUAUGAAAUACAUUUGCCCAAACGCCAGGGGCUUAACAGAGACUUAGAGUCUUUUUACAUGGAGGUGAGGGAUCCCAGGUUGGUGAGGUAACCGGCUUAGGUGUAGUAAUUCGCCUUUCCAUAUAAUCUCUCAUAUGGUCAUCUCUGCCACCUAUCAUGUAAACGUGAUCAAAUUAAAAUGAGUCAGAUUAUAUGGACAGGCGGGUAACCUCACCUACCUGGGUUCUCCCACUUCCAUGUAAACAGUCCCCAAAAUGGGGUCAAUAUUUGACCACCAAAAAGACUAACAUGGGGUAAGGCCUCGGACGUGACCAAAUUGGUUUCUUGAAUGUUGCUCUUGAUGUGCGGUCUGGGUGGUGAGUAGGGUAAACGAAUCUGCGGAGAUCGGGAUCGACGGCUUGAAUCAAGUUUAAUUAAAGGGCAGUGUGUGUAAAAACCGUUCACGGGCCAUCGAGGUUAACAGACUGGAUAAUAAUUUUAUGAAAGAAGAUCAUCGCAAUUAUAGACGCAACUUUUUGGUCACCGGGUGGUAUCGCAGAGCUCAAGGUUUUGAAUUCUGUACAAGCCUGAAUUUUUUUCAGGCUUUCUUUUCGCAACUGCAAAAAUUGCGUCUAUAACUGGGAUGAUCUUCUUUCAUAUAAUUCUUCACCCCGCAGUUCUCAUAAAUGAUUUUGAUGCAUUCAUAACUCCAUCAUCAUCCUUUCACGGGUUUAUAACGAACCAAUUCAACGACCUGCUCCCGGUUGGUUUGUUAGCUCAUUUGGUAGAGCGCUGCACCGGUAUCGCAGAGAUCAAGGGUUCGAAUCCCGUACAAGCCUGAAUUUUUUCAGGGUUUCUGUUCGCAACUGCAAAAAGUUGCGUCUAUAACUGCGAUGAUCUUCCUUCAUAUAAUUCUUCACCCCGCAGUUCUCAUAUAUGAUUUUCAUAUAUUAAUAUAACUUCAUCAGACUGAAUAGGUUUGAAAAACGUCAGCACAUGCCCGCUAAGUGGCAGCUUUAGACUCAGUUUUUAAGAUUUGAGUUAUUUCUUAAACGUCUGUCUUAGAAGGAAAAUGUUGAUUUUUCCGCAGGAGAAAAUGGCCAUAUUGGAUUCUUAUCAGAGAAAAGCCAAGAUAACAACAAAGAUGUUGAAUUCUCUUAAAGACGUCUCGUGUAAUCCUGUAACUGGUUCAUUGUAUGCAUUUCCCAAAGUUAUUCUUCCACAAAAAGCCGUCGAAGAGGCCAAGGUGAGGCGUAGUUCCUCGAAACCGAUAGACCUUUUACGAUACGGCGACCAUAUUGAAUUUAUUAGAUUUAAGGCGUUUAAUGGGAUGCCCAGGGAGCACUCGCCCAGUAUUUAUUCGCGCUUUUCGGGCAAAAAGAGAACUUCACUGUAUAUUUCUCGGGAAAAAGGCGAUCAUUAUUACAUCCAAACACGGCACAACGAUCUUUUUUUUUUUCCCAUUACAAUCUUUUUCUAGGAAACCUUAAAGAAAAACAUGUUGGCCAGAAAAGCGCGCGUAAAUACUGAGUGAGUAUAUCUGAUCGUGCUCAUGUCCCCUGGGCAUCCUAUAAUACUCCUUAAAUCAUUUAAUUCAAUAUGGCCGCCGUAUCGGUAAAAAGGUUUAUAGAGAGCUUAGGCAGUGUUCACGCCAUACUGGAUAGCGUUUCAUCUCGACGCGAAAAGUUAUUAGAUAUAGGUAUAGCAAAAACAGCAACUGCCCUGGGCCUGAACAAGUAGCUCACAUUCAUCGGACAUCGUACCUGAGCGGUUGGCCGACAGCCAGCUUGGUGAACUAAGUCCCAAAUCUCACUCCUAAAUAUUUAUUUCGUCUCAGUGGGUUCCAGUCCUAGCCACUACGUAUCCACUUCCUCGACUGUCCGAAAAAGUGUAAGGGCCAGAACCUAUUCGACAUAUGACCCUCCAAAGUGUUCGAGAUUGGCGCGGCGUAGCUUCGCCCCGUCACAAGAAUUGCGCCGAAAUCGUCAAUCUUGUGUAUGAACAGAAGCACUGUCCGGUACGGUUUUCGCGCCUGCGCAAAAGCUAUCUGGUAUAAUGUGAACAAAGCCUUAAGCAACGACCACGCGACGGCAUCGACAACGGCAAAAAAUAACUCUGCACUAGAUAAACAACUUUGCACGUGCAUCACGUUUUUUUGUACAUUUCUUUGCCGUCAUUACUACUACGACGUGAAAGUACCUAAUUUCACGUUUUGUGGAGGACGUGCACACAAGACAGUGACUUUCUUUUUCUUUUCCUGAACUUUGAUGCAGUCUUUUAGAAUUCAACUCCAGAAAAAUUAGCCGAUGUUUGACGAAAUGAACAAGAUGAAAUAACGCGAUAAAGUUUGAAACGGCGCGAAUUCUCUUUUUCAGUGACGAAGCCGUCGCCGUCGUUGAAGCUUAAGCUCCCUCCCCAUAAAUAUAGAUUCCCUUGGGCUUUAUUCAAAAGCCCACAAUGGAAAUGUGCAACCUCAUUCCCAGGGUCCUCUCCAAACCGCAGGGACGGGUAGGAGAGGACCCUAGGAACGAGGUUAGGAAAUGAGUUCAUCUUUUGCAGCUUAAGAAUUGUGCACCUGACGAAUUCUACUGCUGGCAGAUGUUAGAAGCGACUGGUAUAAGCCCUGUACCGGGAAAUUCGUUCGGACAAAAAGACGGAACAUAUCAUUUUAGGUCAGAACUAACUUGUUAUUCGCCUGUCUUUUUUAAUUGUUUUAUAUGCUUAUUUCUGUUGUUGGGUUAUGGGGGAAGUCGCGGCGCUGAUGUGGGACGGAGUAAUUGGCCUCUGAAGUUGAACAAGAGACUGACUUACAAGGAGGAGACUGUUUUGGGAGACACCUUUUUGGCACCUAUGCCGGGUUGUUCAAACCUGGGUGAAGAAAACCCAAGGCUAUUGCGAAAUUUGAAUUCAAACAUGAAAGCGUAAAAAGCCAAUUCAGAUAAAUUCUGAUAAGAUACUUUCAAAAGGAUAGGGAAAACUAUUCAAGAAAACGCUUUUGAACAAAAGAAAAAAAGACGGAUUAGAAUUAUACCCACUGUUAGAGCUAAUCGGCCUUCUAUCAAUAGACCUUUUUAGCUGUAGGUUUUGUUUUCUCAUUGCAGACCACGUGAUUUUACCCUAGAGAACUGUUUCUUUCAAAUGACGUCGUAUGAACGUGCAUAUGCGUGCAUAACUAAUGAACAGACAAAAGGCAAGUUCCCCUGAGAACAUCACGAUGUCUGAAUUGGAUAAAAAACUUCCAAGCUAAAAAGGUCUAUUGGGCCCUGUCCUGGGGUAAAUUUAAUAAAACUUUUACACUUGUAAUUUAUAAGUGUAGCCAUUGUUUAAGAGUCUGAAAACAAUAGCUACACUUGUAAAUUACACUUGUAAAAGUUUUAUAAAAUAGACCAUUUUACAGUUGUGCACUUAGUACCCUAGCCUUCUAAUGAAUGUGAGGCUGACGGUGACCUUGUUUUGAUAUAAACCUCCUUUGCUUUGUUAUGUAAAUUGCCCUUGAAAAAUACUAGUUAGCAUAAGAAUAUCUUGAUUUACAUAAUAAAGCAGGAAGGUUUGUAUCAAAACAAGGUCACCGUCAGCCUCGCUUCCAUCCAUAACUGUGAAUUGGCCUAUUGGACCCUGCGCAACUUCAAAAUAGCCAAUAACCGAAGCGAUCGAAUGUCCUCAAAUAGUCCCAUAUUGCUAUUCGGCACAACUUCCUACCCAGCCUCGCUCAUAACCUCCAAAAGUUAAUUCUUAAGGUGACUCGACCCAGUAUUUUUUUAGGUACACCUUCCAUCUUUGGUCUUGUUGACUUAAACAAAUUUAUCUUUAUUGCAAAUCAUUAUAACUCAUGUAUUACACAUGUUGAAAACUUUUAAAGUUGUUUUCAAUAGCUCCUGUAUCUUUUAUUUAAAAAGUGAAAUAAACUUGACUUUAAUUACUUUUUGGAAAAGCAAAAUUAUUAUAAAUCAGGAUAUAUAAUGUUUAUAAGUCUAUUUUUUUGCCGCAGGUUAACGAUCUUGCCAUCUGAGGAAAAGGUAGUUUCCAUGUUCGACAGAAUGAGCAAGUUUCAUGAAGAAUUCAUGCAAAAAUACAGAAAUGACAAGGAUAAUCAACACUAA